AUGGAGUUUGUCCACCGUUUAGGCCAUCUCUUUGCAAAAUUCCACUGCCACUGCAUAAGGUUCAUCGACUGCAUGCAAAACCGAAUCAAGUUGGUCACUCCAUAUGGGCCUUCAAAUCCGAACAUGGUGGAUCAAAAAGGAGAAGCUAAUGCUUGUGAGUCAUGCAACAAGCUAAUUUCUUCCAUUGGUGAACGAGUAAUCAGCGGUGCUCAUGAUGUUGAGAUGGCAAUGAGGAAGCUUGGCUUGUGGAACUCUGAGGAGGAGACAGGCGAAGAGUGCGGUGGAAGGUGUAAAGCUUGCAGGCUAAUGGAUGAAGCCUACAUCUUGUUGGAGGAGAAAGAAGCGACGUUGGAGGAGUUGGAAGAGGCUUUUGCAGUGUUUGACGAGGAUGGUGAUGGUUUCAUAUCUGACAAGGAGCUGCGGAGCGUCAUGCAGAAGUUGGGAUUCGAAGAAGGAAAAGAAUUAGAGGAUUGCAAGAAGAUGCUAAGGGCUUAUGAUGAAGAUGGGGACGGUAAGAUUAAUUUCAAAGAGUUCAAGAAAAUGUUAGAAUUCGCAAUUUAG